GACCUGGAAUUUUCGACGACUACGACGAUACAACGACAACGCCGCUGAUUCCUUGAACAUCGACAAUCAGAUUCGAGGACAGUCACAAUGGCGAACACUAGAUUGCAAUACCGCCGACGGAACCCGUACAACACGAGGUCCAACCGUGUCCGAAUCAUCAAAACCCCCGGUGGUAACCUCCGUUACUUGCAUAUCAAGAAGAAGGGUACCGCUCCCAAGUGCGGUGACUGCGGUGUCAAGCUUCCUGGUGUCCCCGCCCUGCGCCCUCGUGAAUAUUCCCAGAUCUCCCGUCCUCGCAAGAACGUCUCUCGUGCCUACGGUGGUUCUCGCUGCGGUAACUGCGUCAAGGACCGCAUCGUCCGUGCUUUCUUGAUUGAGGAGCAGAAGAUCGUCAAGAAGGUGCUCAAGGAGUCCCAAGAAAAAGAGAAAGCCGCCUCCCGUAAGCGCUAAAUCAAUCAAUCCGAGGAAUGAAUCUGUGAGGUUGGGUAGCGUUUAAAAUUAUGGAACAAAAAUCAGCAAUAAAGAAAUGAUUGUGUGAGAGGGGUGUUACUGGUCCUUUGGCCGGAUAAUUAUUAAGGUCACUACCAGACAAGACGAUACCCUCUCAUCUUGCAACAGAUUUUUUGAAAUCAUAAAGGGUCUUUUUGCAUGUUUGUAUGCGCGGUAUGACCUCGGGCGAAUCUGGGCGAGUUUUUUUCCAUGGUCUCCGGAUUUUCUUUUUCAUGGGGCCGAUUGUCUACAAUUAUUACCGAUAUGAAAAGUAAAAUAUCAGUUGAUGAAUUCUAAAUUUCUGG